UUUCCCAUUGAUACAAAAUUUCGUUGAAAUCCCCCAUGCAAAGCCAAGGUAGAUGAUGAUUUCUGCUUUCUCUAUGAAUAACCUCCCAUAGCUGCACUCUUUCUUGGAAGUCAUUUGGAGCGUGUAUAAAGGUCACUUGCAUUAGCUGUCUGUUCUCGUUGAGUUGGCAUUGUGCAUUUAUAUGAUGGUUUGAGAAUGAGUCAAUUGUUAGUACUACCUGAUCAUCCCAAAAAAUUGCCAAACCCCCUGCGAUUCCUUCUGGAUUCACCAAGAAACUAUUCUGAAAUUUCAACCUCCUCCUUAUUCGAUGCACUUUCUGCUCCUGAUUUUUUGUCUCCAUUAGAAAUAUAAUACUGGGCCGUUCCUGAGUCACAAGGACUCGCAAGGCCUGAAUUGUCAGGGGUGUGCCCAACCCCUGACAAUUCCAACUCAGUAGUUUCAUGGUCUGUUUGGUGGCUUAUUAGGGCUAGCCACCAGAGCCCACUGACAGGACUUCUCCACCACGUUGAUUGGGGUAUCUACCAGCUGUAUAUUUUCUAUAUCUACUGGUUUUGAGCUUUGCGCACCAUAUGGACAGAACCGCUUGCCUUUUUUGACUGUGGGUUGUUUGGUGCCUUUGGAUUUAUUCCUCAUCAGCCCUUUUCCUUUUGCUGAGAUCUCUAUCAUAUCGACUUCUGCUUCCUUUUUUUGCUCCUCAUAAAGAACUAUAGCUAAUUCUUCAUCAAUGCAAUAGCUUCCUCUCUUUUGUGGGCUUUUCUCUCCCGAAAUUUGUAGUGUUGAAUGCUCUGUGGGCAUGCUGUUCUCCUCUUGGGAAGCGAUUGUAUAGGAGUUUCUGGCACUAUCUCAGUUUCUUCUAGGAUUGCCUCAUGUUUUCCAUAGAAAAUCUUACCAUAAGGGCUGAGUUCAUUUACAUCCGCUCGGAGCCAAUUUCCAAAUUUUCCCGAUUCUGACUGAAAAGCAAAGGAGAAGUAACCUGGUUGCAGCUGAGUGCAGGUAACAUUUUCUACCCUCCAAACUCUUUUCAUCGUAUUCACAAAAGCUGUAAAAUUCACAUUCGGCCUUGAAUACAAUUUCCUGAACACUGUUUUACGGCAUUCUAUCAGUUUUUCUUCUGAGACAGCGCUUCUUAUAUCCACUACAUCAACCUCAGACCAUAACUCACCGAGACUUCUGCACAGGGCAGCUACACGCCUUUCUUCCUCAAGCUGACUUGCCAUUUCUUUUUUACCAGAAUGAGAAUCUCAGGUUUGUCGCAAUAGCUGGCGUUUACACUUUGGAACCAGCAGGAGGGUCAUCAUUAGAAUAGACCGAUUGAAGGGAGCUCACUAAGGGUUUAGUGUAUGUCAGGUGAAAUGGAACAUUAAUCUGGUGGAUUGCGAUGAACAAGCACAACCGAUCAGAAAUGGAUGGGCAUUAGGGUUUUGUCGUGGGUGGGAUUAACGGGGUUUUUUUGAAUGAGCCAUCUGGGUUUCGAUUGGGUUUUUUAGGUUUUUCAUUUUGGGGAAAAUUUCUCAGUCGUGUAAAUGGGGGAAAGCUACUCAGUCGGUAGAGGGGUAAUCAUCAUUCGACAAUGGGAGGAAGCAAAUCUUACCUUGAAGAUGGAAGACCUACCCAGAUGGUAGAGAGGAGCUCGUCAUUCCAGAGAGAACUUGGCCUUGGCUUGAAUAUCCUCCACUUCAUUGGUUAAAAAUUGUUAUACAAUCUUCACUUUACAUCUUUUCAUAACAUAAUCAAUCAUUUGCCAUUGAAUGUCAAUAACCGUUUUUAUUUCUGUUUCUUACUUUUCUUUUUCUUUUCUGUUCACCAUGUUCUUCUUCAUCGACAAUGACAGCUUGGGCAUGGACUGAGGGUUUGCGACAGGAAUGUACCAAUGAGCGAUAAGAAGUGGCGUCUUGUGAAGGUCAUGAAAUGUGAGAGCAGGUUCUUGAGGACGUGAAUGGCGGUGGAAAGAUAGAAGGAGAGGAGGUGGAGGAGAUUGGAGAAAACCAUUGAACUGGGUACAGAUGUGCUUCAAUAUGCGUGUUUCCGUUUUCAAUCAAAACUCAUUUUUGGCAUUUGAAGCGUUCGCGAUCGACGCGUAGAUGAAGGAACAAAACCAUGAGAAAUACACUCGUCAUUGUUCUCUCUUUCUUUUCUUUUUUUUUUAAAUUUUCUGAACACAGCAAACGCACAUGUUGCUGUUGAUCGUACAAGAAAAGGACAAUCAUGGAGGAAGAGAAACUGUGGAGGACCACGUGAUGUGUUCGGUCCUCAUCGUUCAUCAUUCUUAAAUGUUCUUUUCACUUUGACAUCUGUGGCCACGUGGGCCAAUCACAAAAAUGACCCAAGAAAACAUCCUUAAAAUCUAGAGGCUAAUUAAGAGGAAGGGAUUGUUUUUGAAGUCUUGGUCAAAAAGGUAAGGGUUAAAGAAGUAAAUUUGCCUCAUUUUGGAAAAAGCAACCAUCACAAGAGUUCGUAUAUACCAAGCGUUUCUGGUUCAACCUUCGGGGCAAGAGAAGAAUUCGAGCUUACUUUAGGAGACGAGGGCUUGUGCUUGAAGUGGAGAAAUCACGCCGGAUGGAAAACAUUUGAGUUUUACUUGUUCGCGUGACACUCUACAUCAUCUAAAAGCAUUCGGAUUCACAAAUUACUUUUUCAUCUUUUGGGGGCAAGAGAAGAAGUAAAGCUUUGUUUCACUUGUGCUUGAAGAAGAGAAACUGCAUUGGUUAAGGUGUGAAGCUAAUCGCCCGACCGUAUUGCAUUUCAAGAUUUGGACAUGACUUGAUCUGUUUCAAGUACAAAUUCACAUAUUACUUUCUCAUCCUUUGGGGCAAGAGAAGAAGUAAAGCUUUGUUUGGCUUGUGCUUGAAGAGGAGAAACCGCAUUGGUUGAGGCGUGAAGCUAAUCCUCCGAUCGUAUUGCCUUUUGAGACUCAGACAUGACUUGAUCUAUUUCAAGUUUUCUUCGCGCACUUUGUUUAAGCACAAGCAAGGAGACACAGCAAGAGGGAAAAAAAGGAGGGGAAAAAUUUCUAGAAAAGAAGGAAGAAAUGGCCGGGGCUUUUUUGGCCAACGUUGCAGCGAAUCUUGUGGCAAAACUCGGUGAGUACUUGUUUGCUCCCAUCGGACGUCAAUUUGGGUAUGUGCUGUUGCACAAAAGCUACGUGGAAGAUCUCGAAAAUGGAGUUGCGGAGCUGGAGAUGGCAAGGGAAAGGGUGCAGGGCUCUGUCAAUGAAGCCGUGUAUGACGGAAAAGUUGUACACACUGACGUUAGGGAUUGGCUGGACAGUGCGAAGGAGGAGGCCGAGGAAGCAGAAAACCUGUUAAAACGUGACAAAAGUGCAAAGUACGCUUGCUUCCAUGGUUGGCUUCCCAACCCCUUGGCGCGCCAUGCAAUUGGUGAGAAGGUGAAGAAGAUGACUCAAGUCAUUCGUGGACUCUAUGAGAAAAGCCGAAAUAGUAACUUCCAGAAGGUCUACCAUGAGAAUACGCCGAUAGGAAUUGUCACCGCUGCCACUUCCACUGCAAGAUCUGUUGACAACAAAGAAGAUGUCUUGGAGUCUAGGGCCAAAAUCAUGGAGGAUGUAAUGAAGGCUGUGGUUGACGACAAGGUCUGUGUGAUUGGGGUGUAUGGACUAGGUGGGGUUGGCAAAUCCAAGCUUUUGGAGGACAUCGAAAGGCGAGUUAAAGAAGAGAAGUUCUUUGAUGUGGUUGUCAUGGCAAAUGUAUCACGCAAUCCAAAUAUAAAAGAAAUUCAAGGAGAAAUCGCUUAUGCACUGGGUCUCAAGCUAACAAAUGAUGAACCUGUUCGCAGGAGAGCAGAUCAUUUGUCUAAGAGGUUGGAGAGUGAUUCUGAGAAAAAGAUUCUCAUAAUUUUAGAUAAUCUGUGGAAGAAGUUAGAGUUAAAGGAAGUUGGAAUCCCUUGCGUAGAUGAUAAUAAAGUAAGAGGCUGCAAGUUGUUGCUAACAUCUAGAUACCGAGAUGUUUUGUGCUUGGACAUGGGCUCCGAUCGACAAUUUCGAGUCAAUGAGUUAGAGGAUGGAGAAGCACGAAAACUUUUUGAAAGGACGGUAGGGGAAAGAAUUAACGAUCUUGAGGUUAGAUGCUUCAUAGAUGGAGUGGUCCAAAAAUGUGGAGGCUUGCCUCUUUUGAUUAUCCCGGUGGCAAAAAGGCUAAAGCAUGGAGAUUUGGCUGAAUGGAGGAAUGCUCUGACCAAUAUAGAAGGGUCAGAUGUAAAAUCAAUAGUAGAACUAAGUUACAAUGACUUGAAAGAUGAGAGGAUCAAAUCAUUGUUCAAAAUUUUUGCUCUAGCCUCUGGGAGAAUUGCAUUUGGGGAUUCCCUUAUGUACUGCAUAGGCUUGGAUUUAUUUAAAAAAUUCAGCAAGACCAUCCAAAACGCUAUCGAUAGGUUGCAAGAGGAUCUUCGUAUCCUGCAAGACUCUUCUUUGCUACUAUAUAGUGAUGACCCAACAGAGAUAAAAAUGCAUGACAUAUUUGUUGACAAGGGCAUCUCUAUAGCUUCCAUGGAAUGGAAUGCCUUGGUCGCGAGGAAGGAUUAUGGAUUUAAAGACUGGUCCAAGGAUGAGCUCACAAAAUGCACUGCGAUAUCCAUUCCUUUUGUUGGCAUUGAUAAGCUACCUGAAAAAAUUGGACUGCCCAAACUUAAGAAUGCUUCUAUUAUUUGAAGGCAACUCAUCUCUCCAAAUUCCCAAGUCAUUUUUCGAGUCUAUGGAGAAGCUCCAAGUCUUGGACCUGACUGGCCUAUCUGUCACCUCUCUACCUUCGUCGAUUGAGUUCCUCGAAAACCUCAAGUCGCUAUGUCUUGAUAAUUACCAUCUAGAGGAUGUGACUAUCCUUGGAAAGCUAAAAGGAUUGCAGUGCCUGAGUUUUUAUAAAUCUUCAAUCGCUCGGCUGCCCAAAGAGAUAGGUGGAUUGACUGAAUUAAGAAUUUUGAUGUUGACAAAGUGCUCCGGCCUCAAAAUUAUUGAGCCUGGAGUGCUAGGAAGCUUAGUUAAAUUAGAGAUAUUGUGUAUGGCAGACAGCUUUGAUCAAUGGGAGGAUCAGGAUCAAGCAACGCGAAGCAACGCCAGCCUGGCUGAGUUAAAUAACAUGAAAAAUUUGAGCACCUUGCUCAUUUCUAUUCCUCAUUCCGCCAAUCUCUUAGGAGACCUGCCAUUUGGGAAUCUGACCACUUAUGAUAUUUAUAUUGGGGACGUUUGGGAUUGGUCGGAUGAAGAAAUAGACGAAAGAAUUUUAAAGCUCAAGCUGGAUUCAGGCAAUCUUCUUGACGAAGAGUGGGUACAGAGAUGUUUGCGCAUGACGCAAAAUCUCCACUUGGAUGGUUUGCAAGAUGGCAAUGACAGCAUUAAUGAUUUGUGCGUCAAUGGAUUUCAAGAAUUGAAGCAUCUUCGUGUACAAAAUAGCCCCUCACUUCAGUACAUUGUCCACCCCGCAGAGUAUAUCCAGUGCAAUACAUUUACGAAGUUGGAAUCGUUGUUUCUUGAGAAUCUAAACAAUUUGGAGAAGAUUUAUCAUGGUUGUCUUGCCCUGGAAUCUUUCAGCAAAUUAAACACUAUGAAAGUGGAUAAUUGUGGUAAAAUCAAACAUUUAUUUCCUUUUUACAUGAUGAGAAUAUUCUUGCAGCUAAAAGAGAUUGAAAUAAGCAGAUGCCACUCGAUGCAACAAAUUAUUGGAGAUGCCAAGGCAGAUGAAGAUGGAGAUGAACUUCCCAUAUUGAAAGAGAUAUGGAACUCUCAAUCUCCCUCAGAUAUGAGCCACCUAAAAUUUCUGAAAGUAGUGGAUUGCUCAUUCCUUUUGAGCAUCAUCCCGUCAAAUUUACUAGUAAAGCUACAGAAUUUGGAGGCCAUAACUAUUGAAAGAUGUCGGUUAGUACGAGAAGUAUUCGACCUUGAAGGAUUGACGGCUAGUGGGGAUGUUGAGAUUCUAUCGCGAUUGACCAAAUUAGUCUUGAGUGACGUACCAAGUUUGGGACACAUAUGCAGCAACAAUCCAAGAAGAAUGUUCUGUUUCCGAAACUUAAGGGCUUUGAAGGUGCAAAACUGUGAUAACUUGAGGUUUCUUUUUUCUUCUUCCAUGUUUAAAGCGCUCGAGCAAAUAAAAACAAUAGAAAUAGCAAGUUGUACACUGAUGGAGGAUAUUAUAGAUGUGCAAGAAGAAGAAUCAAAGGAAGCCGCCACCACCUACACUUUACAAUUCCCUUUGUUAACCUCAUUGUCUCUUGAGAAAUUACCAAAUCUCAGGACAUUCUCUCAAGGAAAGUACCGUAUUCACUGUCCAUCCUUAAUAAGACUGAGGAUAUCUGGAUGCCCCAAAAUGACGACAUUUUCUUCAUUUGAAGGAAAGCAACAAUUAGUGACAGCUUAUACAGGUUUACAACAAGUAUUUGGUCGUAUCAACUCUGGCUUGUCCUCCCCUACCCUCUUCAAUCAAAAUGUUCUUUUCCCGAGCUUGGAGGAGUUGACACUCUUAUCAUUGUGCGGGCUAAGGAGGAUAUGGCACAAUGAACUCCCUGAAGAAUCAUUCUGCAAACUAUCAUCCAUCACUGUCAGAGAUUGUGAAAAUCUCUCUCAUAUUUUUCCAUUAACUUCAAUAGAGAGGUUCCAGAGCCUGAAAAGGAUUGAGGUGGUCCAAUGUAUCUCUUUGGAAGCAUUAAUGGAGCACAUCGCUGUCAAUUCUAAGGAAAGACAAAAAGGUCUCGUCCUCUCAGACUUAAAAGAAGUGAAGUUGUGGCACCUGCCAAGGCUGAAUGCUAUUUUGACAAGCAACACAAAAGCAACGUUUUAUUUUCCUAAUCUGACUAAUGUUAGCUUGCACUAUUGCCACAACUUGAGAUAUCUCUUCACACAUGACACAGCGAGGACUCUUCAUGAACUUGAGAUGCUAGAUAUUUCUGGUUGCAAUAACAUGCAGGAAGUAGUUGCCAUGGAAGAGGGUGAAGAGCGAAAGUUGAAGGCAGUGAAGUUCUCUCAUCUAUGUACAUUGAAGCUUUGUUCCCUUAAGAGCUUGGUUAGUUUUAGCUCUGGAAGUUGUGCCUUUGAGUUUCCCUCCCUAAGAAAUCUCUCAAUUCUAGAGUGCACUGAAUUCAAGACAUUCAUAUUGAGGCUAUCGGCACCAUGUGUGGAGAUGAUGAAUGAGGGAGAUGCCGGUUUUGAUGAAGGUCCAUAUUCCUUAUUUGACAAGAAGGUCAUAUUUCCCAAAUUAGAAGACCUACGUCUAAUAGGAGUUCGAUCAAGAGAAUUUUGGGAGAAUGAGAUCGAUUACGAGUACAUUUGCCGCCUAAAGGUCCUUGAGGUGAAGCAUUGUCACAACCUCUUGAAUGUUAUUCCUUCGUUUAUGUGGAAGAGGCUGCUUCACUAUUUGGAGUCCUUGACAGUGGAGUCAUGCAAUCUGAUAGAAGGCAUUUAUACACUUGAGGGCCUCAGUGUGAUGGAGAGAGUAGCUGAAAGAAGCAGUGUGACAUCCCGAUUUUCCAAUUCUGGUUUCAAUUAAAUAAGUCGGGCAUUUCAUCUUCGCGUCUAUAGCUCUCUUCUCUGAGUUGGCCACUCACGAGAUAAUCUAGUCUAUCAGGUGAA